AUAUUUUAAAAAACCAACCAUUGAAUUGAAAGUUCUACUCUUGUAGAUCAUAGAUGUCAAUUUUCAAAUUGAUCUAACAUUUAUAACGCUUUGAUCAAAGACACUCUACUUAUUGACAUAUAUUUAAUGGUGUUAAAUUUUGUGUAAUCAAAGAACUAGUUAAGCCUACUAGAUUAAGUUGAAAUUUGACAUGCAUGACUUGACUAGAACUUUCAAUCUAAAGGUUAGGUUUUAAAAGUGUUAAUUAAAAUAUAAUAUUUUUAGAGACUUCCUCCAUGGAAGAUAUCCCUAUAUAUAUAUAUAUAUAUACAUUGGUUUGAGUAAUUUUUCAUGAGCAGAUUUUUGUUGUGCAUCUUUUUUGUUCAUCUUUUCUGCUCAUACUAAUGAUUGGGUUUGUUUUAACAAAUCAUUUUGUAAAAUAAUGAAUAGUAAGGGGACUUCAUAGUAUUUGUUUUCAAAAAUUAUCUAUAUCUUUGAGACAUCAUGAGGGGUUGCAGGAUAGGUCUUCUUGUGCUCUUAAAAUGUUGUGAAAUAUGAAUUGAUUGCUUAAUAGAUGCCAACUCAUGUAUUAAGUGUGCUUAAUACAUGCCCUCACACACACACACGUCACAAACAAAAUUUUGAAAUGUGGGGAGAAAAUCUCGGUUUGGCUAUUAUGUAGUGAUGGUAAUGCAUUACAAGUGUCCUUGUAACUUUUUCAAGAAAACAACCCACUAUGUCGGUCUUUUUGGAUCUAUCAAUGUAGUCUAAGGUGAUUCUCGUAGAACAUGUAAUGAGGCCCUUAUGUUACAGCUUUUUCUUCUCAUGCUUCUAUAACAAGUGGUCUUUGACUUUUAUUUUAAGAUAUAUGAUUUGUGCUCUUGGAAUAAGAAUCAUAUAUGUAUAUUUUCAAUUUUGUAAUUGUUUAUAUUUGGGAAAAACUGUCAGUUCUGUAGAUGUUUAGCACGGUUCUCUUUUCCUCCAAUUUGUAUGAUAUUGGGAUAGGUAGACUCACGGAAUUUCCUCUUUUGGUCAUAUCUGUUUUGAUUUUUGACUAUUUAUUUAACCACUGAUAUGAUCUGAAUUCUAAGUAUUGUUCUUCUACUAUGAGUCCCUUUUUUCAGUUCUGGCUGCACUUUUUUUGUGCAGUUUGGACUAUGAAAAUACCCAUUGCUUGUUGCAAUUUCGUUUAUAAGAUUAUUUCAAAGGUAAUUACUAGUAGAUUGCAAGAGGUUCUUGGGACUAUUAUGGGUGAACAGUGAACACUGAACAGCAGGGUGCUUUCUUGAAAGGGCACUCAAUUAAUGACUAGGUUUUUUAAUGUCUAGACCUGGUGAGGGGUGAUAACAGAGUCAAUGGUCCUCAAGGUUGCCUUAUGAAAUUAGACAUGAGAAAAGUAUAUGAUACCAUUUCUUGGGAGGUUUUGCAGCAGGUUUUACUUGGGUUUGGGUUCCCUAGUAAAUUUGCAGGGCUUAUAAUGGUUUGUGAACCUAUUAUUGACAAAGUCAGGGAUAGAAUAUCCAUUU